AUGGAUCAAAAACAUUUCGCAACGGGAACAUUCCCUAUAUCCCUCUCAAAAACAAUAUUCCUUAUCCGUUUGCUCUCCUGGUUGCAACUUCUAUACGCAAUCUCCUACCUCGCGCAACCAUUCUGGAACACACGGCGCGAGUUUCCACCCUUCAACACAGCCAUCGAUCGCACAGAAACAAGAAUUAUCAACACUCUUCUCGGCGCCGUUCCGCUCUCAGCUUAUAGUUCUGCAACAGCAACAGAGCGCCAGUGGCAUAUUUCAUCAGGGAAUGGUCUCCUGAACCAAGAUAACAACUACAUUCGCACCACCCCUCGGCCCACACCCAACUUGCUAGCCAGCUCAACAUGGCCACAGCAGGGGCAUCAAGACUCAGAUUCCUCAUCAGAGCAAGGAAGUCCCACAUCACCCCCGUGCACAGAACAUCCCCGAGAAAACUCCCCCAUCCACGAAACCCUGCGCAAAAUCCGCUUCAGUACGCGAGGCAGCAUCUCAAAGCUCGCUAACUCGGCAAAAGCCAUCUUCCGUCAGCCAUUGACCAUCAUCCCACGGAAUCUGGACGGCUCACCUUCGGACGAGGAACGAGCGGAGCCAGAGCUAGUUCCAAUCCUAGUGCGCACUUCGCAGCCUCGCUUCAUCGAGAACGUGCCUUUCCCCGUGCCCAUGUCUGCGUCUGCGCGUGUCGCAGAUCACUUCAGUGACCCUGGACCGGCGAGCGGGAUCCAGGUGCAGCAGCCGGUCCCGUUUGGUGCGACUAUUGAUGCGACGGUCGAUUCUGAGACGGUGCAGAUGAAUCGUGCGCGCAAGUAUUACUCGAUCGAGAGUUAUCCGGGGAAGUUCCCUGUUAGUGAUGCGUUAGAUUAUAGCUCGCUUGCUACUGCUUAUGCUGUUAGAGGGAGGGGGACUACCUCUGUUCGGCCUUUCUCGGAUUAUUAG